GCGGGCUUCAGCACACACAUCCGCAAAUGGCGUCACCCUCCUCGAACGACGCCGCCUCGAACCCGGCGCCAUUCGCCAAUUUCCCGCAAGACCCCUCCGAAUUCGACAGCGACCCGCGCAUCUCGUUCUCGAAACUCGACGAUAAGUUCAUCCUGGAGACUGACGACGGUCAAGAAUAUGAAUACGACACCGCCUUGAAGCGGUGGAUCCCGACGGUCGACGAUGACUUGCUCCAGAAACAGCAAGAAGCCUACAAAGUACACGGCGUGGAUGAGGAUGAACAGGUGACGGCGUCGCAAUUGAAGAAGAAGCGCAAGCAGCAGGGCAAUGGUGAGGAGCGCAAUGGACAGAAACCGAAGAAACAGCGCGUCAACACGGCCGUCUUCGUGACGUCAAUCCCCCUCGAUGCCACCUUCGACGAGAUCCGCGACCUCUUCUCCAAGUGCGGCGUGAUUGCGGAGGAGAUCGACAGCGGCCGCCCGCGCAUCAAGAUGUACAACGACGACGACGGGAAGUUCAAGGGCGAGGCGCUCGUGGUCUACUUCCGGCCGGAGUCGGUGAACCUGGCCAUUCAGAUGCUGGACGACUCGGACUUCCGGCUGGGCGUGACGGGCCCGCAGGGGGCGAUGCGCGUGCAGGCGGCGGAUUUCUCCUUCAAGAGCCAACAGGAGGCCCCGACGAAGACGAGCAUGCGCGAUAAGCGGAAGAUCAUUCAGCGGACGCAGAAACUUAACAAUAAACUUGCCGAUUGGGACGAUGACGAUCCGUCGGCUCUUCCAGAUACAAGCUCACGCUUUGAGAAGAUUGUCAUUCUGAAACAUAUGUUCACUCUGAAAGAAUUAGAUGAGGACCCUGCCGCUAUACUCGACAUCAAGGAAGAUAUCCGCGAUGAAUGCUCGAAGCUCGGGGAGAUUACGAAUGUUGUUCUCUACGAUAAGGAGCCGGAGGGGAUCGUGAGCGUCCGCUUCCAGGAUCCGGAGGCGGCUCGCAACUGUGUCCAGAUGAUGGAUGGGCGCUAUUUUGCUGGCACGCGAGUGGAAGCAUACAUCUCCGAUGGGAAAGAGAAGUUCAAGAAGACCAAUGAGAAGCGGGCAGCGCUGGAAGAUCUGGCCGAGAAAGGGUUGGAUGCCGAAGAUUCGGAGGAAGAGCAGCGCUUGGAUGAAUUUGGCACGUGGUUGGAAAGCUCUCACACGGUGGAGAAUACUGCCAAGUGAGAGCAGCGGCGGCAGCAGGAACAGCAGCAGCGAUAUGGAGAGACAUCUAUUUUCAGGUAUCAUGGAUAGCAAGCAGAUCCGAAUCCCCAACGGGCAAUUUGCUGAACUAUGUGGGCAAGGGACUGUGAUUUCCCAUAGUCACAUUCAACCUUGAUUAAGAACAUGUGUACUAUAGCAAAAGAAAUAUUCAAAGAAGUAAUGACCUC